GAUUGGAUAGUAUUUUUAGUCUUUUCAGAGGACAGAGAAUUACCCUUGGCCUCUGUCCAAUCAAAUUUUGGAAGCCUGGUUAUGAUUGGUCAGAAUCAAAAGUAAAGAUGACGUCAUGAAGCCUAUAAAUUCUCACACCCGACGGCGGGCAAAUUCAAAUCGUCAAAUUGCCCUCAGUUUUAUGCGACGUUAGAUAGACUGAUAGAUCGAAAACUUUUUAUUUGCUGGUCUGUCCUAGGGAGCCCGAGGAAGCAGGCGGGAGGAAAAUAAGCGAAAUCGUAAGUGAAAGUAAAGAAUAAGAGGUCUGUUCUGUCAAACGUAAGCUGCCAUCUGAGACCUUUUCACGGUGGGUUUCUUGAUAAUCCGUAUAAAUUAGGGAGCGAACACAGUGAAAAAUUUACACAACAGGAUUUUCAAUCAAAUUUGAGGCCUUGGAAGUUCGCUUUGACGUUCUCUUGUAACAGUCAGAUAUACGUCGAUAAAACUUCACCGAUUUAUAAUAUAUUGAAUAUAUUAUUUGUUGAGUGUGUAAUCUUUAAAUAACCAUGUUGUUUUCAUUUGUUUCUUUUCCUAGAAGAGUGAUCACCUUUUACACAGUGGACUCACUAUUUCCAGUACAGUGUAUAAGGUAACUUUGAAUACUUUUCUGACCUUCUUUGCUCAUUCAUUUACCUUAAGAGAGAGUAAUGACCAUAUUGUAUUGAACUUCUGCGAAAUUGUCAAAAUUGUAGCGCGCGCAAAGCUUCACAACAAAGUCUAAUUGUCACAAGAUAAUCAAGUUCCCCGGUUUCUCUCGCCCUCUCUAUGUUGAGGACAAUGGAAGACGCAACCUUCAUUAGCGAAAAUUUGGCAUAAUUUAAUCGAUAACUGCAUUUCGUUUAUUGUCAACUUAUAAGUGAUAGCUUUUAAAUCGUUGAAGAAAAUGUGGCAAAAUUAGCUAAAAUCAACCUUCACCAACCCAAAGCUUCGCGUGAGCAGUACAUACAGAGUCCACUUUUUCAGUAUUCAUGGACGUGUAGUGGCAAGAUGUUCUUUGUAUGGCACGGGAUUUAUUUUUGUAUAAGAACCACAUUAGCUUGAUGUUUUGAAAAGACAAGCCAGGCUCACCACCGAUAAAUUCUCGGAAACUGAGCACGACUUAAUUUUCUCAGAAGUCACGCUAGACCAACUCUCGUCACACCAAGUCCUUACCAUACAGCCCAUAACUCGGCCGUGGCCUUAUUGUAAGUCCGUCUUCGCUUCAAUUAUAUGGGCUCCUGGUGUAACUGAGAAAACAACAGCUAGCAGCAAGUUUUAUUCGUAUCCUUUUCCCAGUUUAACAUUAGUCUUUCUUCGUCCGUGUUUCCUCACAACAGGAGCCCGUUGGAAAAAGAGAUGACAAAGAGGCCCCGGCUCCCGCCUUUUUCUUUCUUCCCAUCUUCCCCGCAGGCUCACUUUUUUUUUAGUUAUUUUUAUUUUAUUGAACUAUCGAGCGGGAGUCUCUGAGUGUUCGAUUUCAACGUCUUCAUCGUAAUUAAAAUUGAUUACUUGGCUGUCUGAUUUAGAAUGGGCUAUUGCAUUUACUAUCUGUAUCCCCCGGGUUCAGGACUUACCUUUUCUUCUUACCCCUGAAGAUUGGCUAAAAUUGCAGUCACCUCGGAAGACUUCCAAAAAAUAUGGGUUUACCCCUGAAGAAUUGGGUCAUACCGCUGAAAAAUAUGGGUUUACCCCUAACGAAUUUCGUGAAAUUCCCCAAAGAAUUCAUUUGCUUCACCCCCAAAGAAUUCCAUAUUUUUUACUCUACCCCGAAAGAAAUCCUCAAUUUUUAUGACUUACCCCUGGGGAAUUCCAUGGUUCCUCAACCAGCGGGGUGCGGAUAUUAAAUGCAAUAGCCCAAUGGUACUUUUAGGGGUUAGAGCUUGAGCCGAUCCCAGAUUUGUCUCUUUUAGUGGUUUUAACUUCCUAAACUUCCGACGAGCAUCUCUGUCCAUUUCACAGGAAAAAAAUCGAACUUCCCUUCGACCGGGAUAUUGAUAUUGGGACUGAUUUAAGGAUGAGUAAUCGCUAGAAACUUUGCAUGUCCUAGUGACCUGGUCCCUUUUCCCCUGUUUUACUGAUAUAAAAACGUGACACUGGUAGUAUAAAGAAAAAUAUCCUACAGCAAAGAACUAUUCGAUUCACACGGUGGAUAUUUUAAUUUGAUUUGAUAUUGUUUCAGUUUGCUAUGGCCUCUAACGUUUGUACCAGGCUGUUGCAAAAAAGAUGGAGACCCUACGAGGUAGAGAAUAUUCCUCGCAUUGAAGGAAUUUAUGUGAUAGGCAUUUCCAGACUAUCAGAGGAAGCGAAAGUGAUCUAUGUCGGUCGAACAAACGAUGUCCACCGACGGUUGGUCGAACACCAACGGCAACAUCUUGCCAUUGAUGAAUUUAUAAAAGAAGAGUUUGAGGACAAUGAUGGAGAGGAUUUACGUGUUAAGUGGAUAAGUGAACAUAAUCAAGCAAUAAAGGAAAAGGAGUACAUUAAUUGCAUUGCUGAAAAAGUGGGAUAUUGGCCCGAGUAUAACAUCAAGCGUUGAGCUGCCCUGCAUUCUGAUUGGACAAAGUGCGUAUAUAGGGUAGAGAACUUCGUGAUACAUCAAUUUAUCGCUCAGUAGUACUAUUAAGAUGGUGUUUGAAGUAAGAUUUAAUGAAAGUAUAUGGCUUUUUUUUCAAAACCAAAGUAAUUGAUCUUUAUGAAGUGGAAGCAAACGAAUUUUCUUUUCCAUACUUCCUGGUUAGUGUUUUUAAUCUAUAAAUUCUAAAUGGUGAUGACAAGAGAGUUUGAGAGAAUCCCUGUUCCCCAUAUGAUAAUUAUCUGAAAUCUAUUUAAAGCUUGCUCCACAGGUACCUCAAGCUCACGAGUGAGAAUCGUUGUUGCGUAGCAGUUGUAUGGAGAUUUAAGCGAUCGUUAUUUAGGGGUCAAAAAUAGUAAUAAAAAUACACCAG